GGCACGGUCAGCAGCGGCUCCGCUGCUUGUCCAUUUAUGAAGACUCGGGCUGCACACCGCCUCCUUGCUGGUUUCCUGAUGGCCUUCCAUUUAAAACAAAAACAGUCUCAGUCCUCAGCAAGACGUGAUUUCUCCCUAAAGCUGACAACCAACACACCAUUAUAAAUAUUGAUAAAGGAGAUUUGUUUUUUACAGACGAAUUAGGAGCAGAUUGUACAGUACAAAGACACCGUUGCCUCUGUUCACACACUGCUCAGGGACGAAAUGCAUUCCGUCUUCCUCCUCUUGGGACUGGCGGAGCCCCCACUGCUGACGGAAGAGAAUUGGCUCUCCGCAGCCACUGUCGGCCGGGUACGGUCGGUCCAAUCAAGGCUCCGCGGGAAGGGGCGGGACUGAGAGGCGCGCGCUCUGGCUUCUUUCGGUGUGUCUACAGGGAACAAUUUCGGCAUGGAGGAAAUUUAUGCUAAGUUCGUGUCUCAGAAAAUCAGCAAAACCCGCUGGCGACCGGUACCUUCGGGGAGUCUGCAAACCGCGGAGACCUUCGCUACGGGCUCUUGGGACAAUGAGGAAAAUUACGUUUCACUGUGGUCUAUCGGAGAUUUGGGGAACUUGGACUCUGAUGGAGGAUUUGAAGGAGACCAUCAGUUACUGUGCGGUACCAGGCACUAUGGCGAUGUUAUGGAUUUACAAUUUUUUGAUCAGGAAAGAAUUGUAGCUGCUUCAUCAACAGGAUGUGUAACAGUGUUCCUUCACCAUCCAAAUAACCAGACGCUGACAGCCAGCCAGCAGUGGGCCACAGCUCACUACCACACGGGGCCGGGCAGCCCUUCCUGGAGCUGUGCGCCGUGCACGGGGCUGGUGUGCAACAACCCAGAGAUCGUCACAGUCGGAGAAGAUGGUCGCAUAAAUCUCUUCAGAGUUGAUCACAAAGAAGCUGUGAGAACUAUAGACAAUGCAGAUAGCAGUACACUCCAUGCUGUGACCUUCCUUCGAACUCCUGAGAUCCUUACAGUCAAUUCAAUUGGACAGUUAAAAAUAUGGGAUUUCAGACAACAAGGAAAUGAGCCCUCUCAGAUAUUAUCACUGACCGGUGACCGAGUGCCACUCCACUGUGUUGACAGACAUCCCAACCAACAGCAUGUUGUCGCUACGGGCGGCCAGGACGGAAUGUUGAGUAUCUGGGAUGUGAGACAAGGCACAAUGCCUGUGUCUCUACUGAAGGCUCAUGAAGCUGAAAUGUGGGAAGUUCACUUUCACCCGUCCAACCCAGAUCAUUUAUUUACCUGUUCUGAGGACGGGUCCCUCUGGCACUGGGAUGCAUCCACAGAUGUGCCUGAAAAAUCAUCACUCUUCCACCAAGGAGGAAGAAAUAGUACUUUUUUGUCUCACAGCAUCGGUAACCAGGCUAAUGUUCACCAGUCUCUUAUGAGCUCCUGGCUCAGCACUGACCCUGCGAAAGACCGUAUUGAGAUCACGAGCUUGCUUCCCAACAGGACUUUGUCUGUGAACAGUUUGGAUGUUUUAGGUCCUUGUCUUGUGUGUGGAACCGAUGCAGAAGCAAUUUAUGUUACUAGACAACUUUUUUCAUGAAAAUAUUUUAAUUAUAAAAUUUAAGGUAAAAAAAAAAACAGUUAACAUGUUGAAUUCCUGAGUCUUUACAAAUUUUUAUUAUUGAAAGAUGUGAAAUUUUCAGGGGUAGCAUUGGUAAACUGUUGUUAAUGGCAAUGUCCAGUUCUGUGUUUGUUAGUUGGAAGUUCCCCUAACAAGUUGGGGAAUCUGAGAGGAGACUGAUGACAAGAGAACGGAAAUGUGUGAGAGAACAACAGAGGGAUCCUUGUGUUGCUGAAUACACUGCCUUGAAACAGACUCUGCUGGACAGCUCAUGGGAGCUGCUCUUCAUUUCUGCUUCUGUGAGACUCAGCUCCCCAGUGGGUUCCCAUCCUUUUCAUCAACUAUGUGGCAUUAGCCAGUGUUCAUGUUUAUUCUUUUCACUGCAAGUAUUUUCUUCAAGACUUCGUAUCUUAUUUCCUUAAUUAUUUUAAUAAACGUUUUCAGAAAGAAUUUAGUAGAACAAAAAAAAAGACUUUUUUUAAAGGUGAAAAUGUUUUGACAGGUUCCUUUAUUAGAAUACAUUUGAGUGGAACCUUACCAACUGCUCAUACCCAGCUUUAUUUUACUUGAAAAAAGGAAAAUACAUUUUUUUCUAAUGAUUUUUUUCUUUAGUUUUUUAGUGGAGUCAAAAAUUGCUGAGCUGGACAUGGUGCAAUAAAAUAAUUUUGACAUUGAUAAAUGAGCCUAUUCCCAAACUAAAAUUCGGUAGUGUAACAUGUAUGAGGCCAGUAUGGUGUGUGGUUAAGAGUAAAGAAUUUUGCCUUCUUUAUCUGAAAUGUUAAUAAUCUACUGUAGUGUUUGAAGACAAUAUAAUGACAUUGUCUUUUCAGAGUUUGGUAGAUUAAAUGCAUUAUUGGAUUAUUAAGACCUUAAUGAGUUAUAUAAUUGAAGUCUGUUUUCAUUUAUUUGUAGUUCCAAUAAUAGUAAUUAAGUAAAGUAUUGCUUUUCUCUCCUAAUAUUUUCAGUUUUUUUGUGCUUCCUUAUCUCGGGUUUUUUUCUUUUUUUGUCAUUUAAAAAUGGAAUACAUAUUAUCAUCUGCUUUUUUGUAUAUAUCUGGCUAAAAAAAUAUUUUAUUAAAGGUAAUUAGUAACUUUGAAUUCCAAAGAAUCAGAAGGAAAGAAAAUGUUGCUGAUAGGAAUUUUUUAUGCUUAUAUUGGUGGGAAUAGCUUUUUUUUAGCAUUUAAAAAAAUUUUAACUAUUGAAAUAUAACCUAUAUACAGAAAAGUUCAUGAUAAUUUUAUUUUUUACUGAGCUACAAAUCACAUACAUUAAGUUCACUAUUUUAAAGUGUGUAGUUCAUGUUUUAAAAUAUUCACAAAGUUAUGCACCUAUCACCACUAUCUAUGUCCAGAACAUUCUUUUCAUCCCUCAAAGUAACCACUCCUCCCCCAUUGGCAGUCAGUCCCAAUUUUGGCCUUCUCCAAUUCCCUAGCAAUCAGAAACCUACUUUCUGUCUUUAUGGUUUUGCCUGUUCUGGACAUUAUUUAUAAAUGAAAUCAUGUAA